CCUUCCCCAAGCUCGUGGCAGGUGGUAUUCCCAAACACUUCAAACUUCAAACUGUCAUAACUGGUUGGCUGGCUGACUGCCGAAAACCGAAAAAACUCACUCUCCUCACUCAGUCAAACCCAAUUGCCCAUAAUCCCUUCUCUCCUCUUCUUCUCCAUCUCCAUUCCAUCCCUCCAUGAAACCCUAGCUUUCUCUCUCUAAAUCUCUCCAAUGUCCUUCUCACGCUUCUCUCGCCUCCUCCUUUUCCUUCUCCUCUCCUCCACCGUCCCCGCCGCCGUCUCGCAGCGGAACGCCACCGUCACCUGCCCACUCGACUUCUCCGUCCUCCGCAAUCUCGUCAAGAACCGUGACGGCUCCUCCCUCGACGUCGCCACCACCUGCCGCUACCUCCUCCAGAGCCUCCGCCUCGUCCUCUCCAACUACCUCCGCCAUUCCAACAACUUCCUCCCCCCGAUCUCCGCCGCCGAGUCCUGCUGGUCCGCCUACCAAAACCUCACCGUCGAUUACUUUCCCAAUUUCGACAUCCGCUCCUCCUGCGGCUUCGAGACCAGCUGGAUCUCCCAGGGAUGCAUGAACAUCACCACCAGGGCCGAGUUCGACGCCAUCGUACCCAAAUCGGCCCGCGACGACGUCGUCGCCAAGUGUAACCAGUCGCUCAUUAACGGCUCCCCCUGCGCCGCUUGUACCACGACCUUGUCCGACUUGCCGGCUCUCUAUCUCACCGGUCCGUCGGUCGGAAACGUCUCCGAUUGCACCGGAUACCCGUCGAUUUACGCGGCGGCGUUCGCGAAUUACUUGGGCCCUACCGAUGUAGGCACCGCCAAGUGCUUGUUCUCGCUGGACUUCGUGACUCAAGGAUCUGGUAAGAAUAAAAACAAAAAAGUUGCUAUUUUGGUCGCUGUGAUUUGUUCUGGAUUGGGGUUGUUGCUGAUAAUAGGUGGGGGUUGGUGGUUGUGGUGUAGAUAUAAGGAGUAUGAAGUGAAGAAGAGGAGGGAGGAGCUUGCGGCGGAUAGAGAGAGGGGUUUAGGCUCGGCGUUGGACUCCAUUAGUGGGAGUACCAAUUUGGUAAAGUUCACGUUUGAUGAGAUAAAGAAGGCGACUAGGAACUUCUCUAGAGAAUACAUAAUUGGGAGAGGAGGGUAUGGAAAUGUGUAUAAAGGCAUUUUGCCUGAUGGUACUGAAGUUGCUUUGAAGAGGUUCAAGAACUGCUCGGCUUCUGGUGAUGCCAAUUUUUCUCAUGAAGUUGAGGUUAUUGCGAGUGUUAGGCAUGUCAAUCUUGUUGCUUUGAGAGGCUAUUGUAUCGCCACUACGAAUUUCGAGGGUCACCAGAGGAUCAUUGUGUGUGAUUUGAUGAAGAAUGGGAGUCUUUAUGAUCAUUUGUUUGGGUCUCCGGAUAACAAGCUUAGUUGGCCACUUCGCCAAAACAUUGCUUUAGGGACUGCUAGAGGGUUGGCUUAUUUGCAUUAUGGUGCUCAACCGGCGAUCAUACACAGAGAUAUUAAAGCUAAUAACAUUCUUUUGGAUGAGAAGUUUGAAGCUAAAGUGGCAGAUUUUGGACUAGCGAAGUUUACCCCGGAGGGAAUGACUCAUUUGAGCACGAGGGUCGCCGGGACUAUGGGGUAUGUUGCCCCAGAGUACGCUUUAUAUGGUCAAUUGACUGAGAGAAGUGACGUGUACAGCUUUGGUGUUCUGCUUCUCGAGCUUUUGAGUGGGAAGAAAGCUCUGCUGAUGAAUGAUGAUAACCAACCAUCUCUUGUGACCGAUUGGGCGUGGGCAUUAGUGAGGGAAGGGAGAGCUUUAGAUGUAGUGGAGGAUGACAUGCCUGGAAAGGGUUCUCCUGAAGUGUUGGAAAAGUAUGUGUUGAUUGCUGUUUUGUGUUCUCAUCCUCAGUUGUAUGCUAGGCCAACAAUGGAUCAGGUUGUGAAGAUGUUGGAAACGGACUUGUCUGUUCCCUCCAUACCUGAAAGGCCUAUUCCUCUGGUGGCUGAUAUUGAUAAUAUUGAAAGAUCUAUGAGCAGUAGUGGCUCAGGCCACAACUCGAGUUCUGCUGGCUUUCAGCAAUAUACAGUUAAAAGCAAAUGCCCUUUUGACCAUAAGUAGGAAAGGGCAAAAGAUCAGCUUUCAAAACAGAACGGUGGUGAUUGAAAUGACUCGAAAAUGUCGGGUCAUUAACUCAUUGCUUCCAUUGAUUGGUAUGCUUACCCUGAUUCUUUUUGGGCUUAAGUGGUUCCUGAUUCUGGAAUUUCCCAUUCGGAAAUGGAGAUAGAUGUAUCAUUAGAUUUUUUCAGGUUCAAGUUAAACAGGCUUGGUUGCAAACUUUGUAACUUAUUGAGGCUCCAACUGGUUUGGAGGCUCGACCGUUUGCAAAUAAUGCAAGCAUACCGACGCUGUAGUUGUAUUGUAUCAUAGUCCAUGCCAUGGUUUUGGUAGAGUUGUAUGUAAUAGGGAUACGCCACAGAUUCUUUUUUUUUUUUU